AUGAACGCCGAAUGGAGCGGGAAGUUGGCUAUGCUGGAAAGCACGAUUGCUGAUUUGAAGCGUAUGGAGAGGGCAACGUUGGAUGCUUCGACGAGGGAAGCGGCCUUGGAGGCGGCAAUUCGUGUGCAUGAAUCCGAGCGGGAGUCGGAGAGAGCUACUGCGGCCCUUAAGGAGGCGAGGCUCGAGGAGCGGAUUGGCGCGGCUGACAUGGAGGCCUUAGCCUUGUCAGAUCGGGUUGCGGCCCUGGAGGAGGAGAAUCAGCGGUUGAGGGUCCAUGCUGGAUCAUCCCGUGUCGUUGUUCCCCGCCAGGCUCAUGAACUCUGGGUUUACGCCGAAGCUCAACGUGAUAUUUUCAAGAACUUGUGGGAGAAAAGAGGACUGCCUCACGCACAUAUACUGCUCUUCUUGCAUCCCACAUUAAAGAGUCCCUCCAUAGACCAUAUUGAUAAAUUAAUAGCAGCAGAAAUACCUGAUCUGGAGGUUGAUCCUGACGGUUAUAAUGCCGUCAAGAACUUCAUGAUGCACGGACCUUGUGGAGAACUCAAUCGCCAUUGCCCAUGUAUGAAGCAAGGAAAGUGUACCAAGCAUUUUCCAAAAAAAUUCAACGAUCGAACAACUUUUGAUGCAGAUGGAUUUCCAAUUUAUAAGAGAAGGAACACAGGUACUCAGGUCAAGAAAAAUGGUGUCUUAUUAGACAACAGAUAUGUCGUACCUUACAAUAGGAAUUUGAUUGUCAAAUUUGAUGCACAUAUAAAUGUUGAGCCAUGCAAUUACUCAAGGUUGGUGAAGUACCUGUUCAAAUAUGUCAAUAAAGGAUCCGAUAGAGCAACAACAACUGCAGAAUAUACAGAUACCGGUGUAGAAAUUGAUGAGAUUAAAAGAUAUCUAGACUGCAGAUACAUAUCAGCUACAGAAGCUUGCUGGAGGAUCUUUAAAUUUGGCAUACAUCACAGAGAGCCAGCAGUUGAGCGAUUGCCAUUUCAUUUAGAGGGACAAAAUUUAAUAAUAUUCGAAGAAGAAAGGCGAGCAGAAAGUGUUCUUAGUACACCCGGCAUAGAAGUAACAAAAUUCACGGAAUGGUUUGAGGCAAACAAAAAAUACACUGAGGCACGAGAUCUCACAUAUUCUGAUUUUCCUACACAUUUUGUCUGGAAUUCAAGAGACAAAACUUGGACCAAAAGGAGAAAUGGCAACGUAGUUGGUAGAAUUUACUUUGCACAUCCUGCAAGUGGAGAACGUUUUUACAUGAGGAUGCUGCUUAAUUUUGUCAAAGGAUGCACUUCAUUUGAAAGCAUCAGAAGAAUAAAUGGAGUAACGCAUGACAAUUAUAAAGAUGCAUGCUACGCUUUAGGAUUACUAGAAGAUGAUAAAGAGUGGAAUGAUUGCUUGGCUGAGGCUGCACUUUGGGCAACAGGAAACGAGUUGAGAAAUCUCUUUGUGACGAUACUUAUUCACUGUCAGGUAACUGAUUGUAGAAAAAUUUGGAAGACCAACUUUGAGAUUUUAUCAGAAGAUAUAAUAUCAUUACAGAGAAAGAGAUUUCGAUUGAAAGAUUUACAGUUGACAAAAAAACAACUUGAAGCAUAUACAUUAUUUGAGAUUGAAAGCAUCCUAUUGAAGAUGGGAAAAAGUUUGAAAGACAUAGAUGGAAUGCCACUCCCAGAUUCAGCUUUACUAAAUAAUGCGGGAAAUCGUCUUAUCAACGAGGAGCUAGAGUAUGACAAAGAUGCUCUAAAGAUAGUGCAUGACCAAUCAUUCGCUCUGUUAAAUGCUUGCCAAAAGUUAGCGUAUGAAGCAAUAAUAAAUUCAGUUGAGAAGGAAGAAGGCCGUUCAUUUUUUAUAACUGGACAUGGUGGUACUGGGAAGACAUUUCUAUGGAAUACAAUAACAGCGAAGAUAAGAUCACAAUCAAGAAUAGUUCUCCCUGUUGCUACUUCUGGAAUAGCUGCUUUGUUAUUACCAAAUGGUAGGAUAGCUCAUUCACGGUUUCAUAUUCCUUUGGAUGUUAGCUCAGAGUCAACUUGUGAGAUAAAACAAGGCAGUCAGUUAGCUGAACUUCUCUUGAAAACUUCCUUGAUCAUUUGGUAUGAAGCGCCAAUGGCAAAUAAAUUUUGUUUUGAAGCCUUAGACAAAACCUUGAGAGAUAUCCUCCGAGUGAGGUAUGAAAAUAGCUCUGACAAACUUUUUGGAGGCCUUACAAUUGUAUUUGGUGGUGAUUUCCGUCAAAUACUAUCAGUAAUUCCAAAGGGUACACGAGCUGAUAUUGUUGAUGCGUCACUAAACUCCUCUUACUUGUGGCCAUUUUUCACAAUUUAUGAGUUGAAGCAAAAUAUGCGUCUCUAUAGUGGAAGAGUAAGUGAUUCUGAGGCUGCUAAAAUAUCGACUUUCGACAAAUGGUUGCUACAAAUUGGAGAUGGCUCAUUUUACGAUGAUAUUAAUAAGGAGCUUAUUAAAUUACCUCCUAAUGUAUGUAUCAAACCAUCCAACGAUCCAAUCGGAUCAAUUGUCGAGGUAGUUUACCCAUCCCUCUUGCAGAAGUACAAUGACCCAACAUAUUUGAAAGAAAGAGCAAUAUUAACGCCAAAAAAUGAAAUGGUUCAUGAGUUGAAUGAUAUAAUUAUGCAAAUGCUACCAGGUGAAGGAAGAACAUAUUUUAGCUCAGACAAUGUGUGUAAAGCAAGCGUGAAUACUAAUGAUGAAGAUCUGUUGUACCCUACUGAAUUUUUGAACAGCUUACGGUUCCCUGGCAUCCCUAAUCAUGAUGUACAUUUAAAAGUAGGUACCCCACUUAUGCUUCUCAGAAACCUAAACCAAAGUGAAGGCCUAUGCAAUGGAACAAGAUUGAUCAUCAUGCAUCUCAGUAAAUGGUCCGUCAGCGCAAACAUCAUUUCUGGAAAAAACAUUGGCUCGAGAGUCACAAUCCCAAGAAUAAUUAUGUCACCUAAUGAUUCAAAGUGGCCAUUCAAGCUUAAGAGACGACAACUUCCUUUAGCGGAUGAUGCAACUGGUACUGAUGGAAAAGAGGUUAAACUCAAAAGUUAA